AUGGAUUUUGCAAAAAACCUUAUUCAACUUUCUUCGACUUCCUCAAAUACUAAAGAGGAAGAUCAUCUAAUUAGUCAAAUUAAUGAAUACAUUAAAUUGUAUGAAAAAAUAGAAGAAAGAGAGAUAGAACUCAACAAUCAAAUUAACUCUUACCAUGAAAAAAUCCAACAAACGGGUGUAAUUGCACCAAAAAUUAAAGAAGCUCUUAAAUCCUUAUAUGCUGACAUGAUAGACCAGACAGUUUGCGAAGAAGAAAUCACCAAGAUAAUCCUAAGUCACUGUGAUAAACUGUUAUUAAUGAAACCUCAUCAUGACAACGAAUAUGACCGAGCAACAGGUAAAAUUAGUUUAUAA